AUGGCCAUCGGCGGCCUGGCCCCAUCCCUGGGUCCGUCCCUGGCCCUCACGUUAAUACCGGCGGCUGCAGCUGCAGCUGCAGCCGCCUCGGUGAACCCAAGCCUUUCCACUGUUGCUGUCGCUCUUUCAACUUCCAUCUCUUCGUCUGCUUUGUCUUCUUCCCUCGCGCCAGCUGCGUCGGUCACGGUCACCUCCACCCCCGGUGCUUCUGCUCUUACCACCGCUCUGUCCGCUGUGGUGUCCACUCACCCCCCGCCAAUCAUCCCACCACUACCCUUAACCAUGGCGGGGUGGAUCACUUGGUUGUUCAACUUCAUCUUCCAGGUUAUUCCACGGGGCUUAUACUGGCUCAUCACCUUCACCACGAUAGUGCUGCCCACAUGGCUCUUUACGCUCUUUUCCAUGAGUUUAACCUUCACCAUGAAUUUCACUACGCUAAUGCUGAUCAUCCUCGCCCUGGUAUCGACGGUGAGCUGGUUCAUUCGAUAUCGAUUUUUGAACAUGUACAGCCGUCUUCCCCCAGAGCCUCCCCGGAAGGAAGCACAGAUCGAUUUGUUUCCAGACGUGCAGGAAGGGGAUUCGAAGCCAGGUCUCGCAAAUUAUCUCGAUGAAUUCCUCAGUGCGAUUAAAGUAUUUGGUUACCUCGAGCGCCCCGUCUUCCAUGAGUUGACGCGGACCAUGCAGACCAGGAAGCUGAUCGCCGGAGAGACGUUGAUGCUGGAAGAAGAAAAAGGCUUCUGCUUGGUGGUCGAUGGGCUGGUGCAGAUAUUUGUCAAAUCCACCCGGCCGAGGCAGACUGCGGCGAGUGCCUCGGAGGAGAGUCUGCAACUCGAUGAGGAAGCGACCUCGGAUGAGGAGGAUACACAUCUGCAUGGCCGGCAGGGCUAUCAAUUGCUGACGGAGGUGAAGAACGGUGCUGCCAUGUCGUCACUAUUUUCUAUUCUGUCUCUCUUCACUGAAGAUAUCCAGCUCGACGAAACCCGACGCUCCACCUCAAGCCAGUCAGACUCGAGCCAUUUCCGCGCCGACUCAGUUCCGGUUAGUCCCAGGGUGGGCAUGAUGGGUAGUCAUCAGUCAGUCAUGGAGAACUCGAGUGAGCCCCGAACUCCGAUUCAUGGUCCUGGGGAUGGACUGCCGGCGGUUCCUCCCCUUCAUCUUGGCGAAAGCCAUGGCCUGCGCAAUCAGACAUCGCAAUCGAAAGCCAGCCGGCCAGCAGGAAAGCGUCGCAAAUCGGUGCAUCCGGACAUUGUCGCUCGAGCAACGGUUGAUACAACAAUAGCUAUCAUCCCCGCGAGCGCAUUUCGCCGUCUGACACGAGUUUACCCCAGAGCAACUGCGCACAUUGUUCAGGUCAUUCUGACCCGUCUACAACGCGUGACCUUUGCAACUGCUCACUCGUAUCUGGGCUUGACUUCUGACGUGUUAGGGAUCGAGCGCCAGGUUGCCAAGUUUACCACGUGGGAUCUGCCCAACGAUCUUCGAGGAAGCGCGCUGGAUCGUCUCAAGGAGAAGUUUACCCGAGAGCGAGAUCGUCUGGGACACGAAGAAGUCUGCAAGGGUAUUGCGCUGCACAAUCCAUCAAUUGGCCGUAGACGCCGGUCCAGCAGCUCGCUCAGGAAGGAAGCUGUUCUGCAGGCCCGUAUGGCUGGCAACAGCCGUCCCAUGGCACUGACGCCGCACAAACGACUCCCUUCGUUCGUCGAUCGAGAUGUGACAGGCGUCAGCCCUGGAGACCUGCUCUCGACCAUUCAGCUUUCUCGAUUCGGGCCGCGUGGCGAUCACAUGAACCCACAACUACAAAGCCCUCUCACAGAAAGGGAGCGUCCUCUGUUCCAGGCAGCUGGCAAGGACGUUCGCCCGGCGACCUUCCACCGCCAAGACUCAAUCGACGAGGACGCUAUAUUCCGUGAUUCAAUCUUAGACUGCAUGAUGAAGGCGAUUGGUCUGACCGAGAGCACCGGCGACGUCUUGCGCAAAGGCAACCCAAACUCCGGCGACGCGUCGCCUCGUCUCUUGACGUAUGAUUCACGGCGCCAAAAGGCGGUGUUUUCGAAUGCGUUUGGAUUCAUCGACCCAUACGAGGGUUCCGGGGAUGGCGAAACCGACUCCAUGAUGUCCAUGUCGGUAACGAGUGCAGGUGGGACGUCGCCUGUGGUCAAUUUGCGUGAGGAUCUCCGCCACGACAUUGAAAUUGUGUAUUUCCCGCAAGGCUCAGUUCUGGUGGAGCAGGGAGAGCGUCAUCCCGGGCUGUACUACGUUAUCGAUGGAUUUUUGGAUGUUGGUGUUCCAGUGAACGAGCGGGGUGACGACCUUGUGGGAUCUUCUCGGCCCACGGAGGGACCAAUCGCCCAUGUCCAGGAGGAGCUUUUCCCGAACUUGAAACGAACCACGACGGCCUCUAGCCGCGUGGCGGCAUCCAAUAUCUCUGGUGACCCACGGCGGAAAUCUCUGUCCCGCAAGUCGCUGUAUCUGAUCAAACCCGGUGGGAUCCAAGGCUAUGUUGGUGGCCUCGCCUCUUACCGCUCUUACACUGACGUCGUUGCGAAAACCGACGUCUACGUGGGAUUCCUUCCGCGAGCUUCUCUGGAAAGAAUUGCCGAUAGAUAUCCCAUCGCUCUGUUGACGCUAGGCAAAAGACUCACUAGCCUCUUGCCGCGUUUACUGCUGCACAUUGAUUUUGCACUCGAAUGGGUGCAAGUCAACGCGGGCCAGGUGAUCUAUCACCAGGGAGAUGAAAGUGAUGCCAUCUACCUCGUCCUCAAUGGCAGACUCAGAUCCGUACUUGAAGGCCCCAAGGGCAAGAUGACGGUCAUCGGCGAAUAUGGUCAAGGUGAGAGUGUAGGUGAACUCGAAGUCAUGACCGAAUCGACACGACCGGCGACACUUCAUGCCAUCCGAGCCACUGAGUUGGCGAAAUUCCCCCGUUCCUUGUUCAACAGCCUUGCUCAAGAGCACCCCGGAAUCACCAUCCAAAUUUCAAAGUUGAUUGCACAGCGUAUGCGUGAUCUGGUCGAGCAUCCUCUGUCCGAAAAGGGUGUCGAAAUGAGCCAAACCAGUGGUGUGCAGACAGCAACCUCAACGGUCAACUUGCGCACAGUUGCAAUCCUGCCAGUUACUGCGGGAGUGCCGGUCGUCGAGUUUGGGCACAGACUACUCCAUGCGCUGCACCAAAUCGGUGUCACUCGAGGUGUGACCUCCCUCAACCAAGCCGCCAUCUUAAACCACCUGGGUCGUCACGCAUUCAGUAAAAUGGGCAAACUGAAGCUUUCUCAGUAUCUUGCCGACUUGGAGGAGAAAUACGGGCUUGUACUCUACGUUGCUGAUACCAAUGUCAACUCGCCAUGGACACAGACCUGCAUCUCGCAGGCAGACACGAUUCUCCUGGUUGGUUUGGCGGAGUCUUCACCUGCAAUUGGUGAAUAUGAGCGAUUCCUGUUGGGCAUGAAGACAACUGCGCGCAAGGAACUCGUUUUGCUGCAUUCUGACCGUUAUUGUGCACCGGGUUUGACCAGGAGCUGGUUGAAGAAUCGGGUAUGGAUCAACGGGGGUCACCAUCAUAUUCAAAUGGAGUUCCGUCUCACCGCCGAACCAUCUCAUCCGCAGGCCAAGAAGUUUGGCACCGUCUUGAAACAACGCGUCCAGAUCCUGCAGGCUGAAAUCCAAAAGUAUACCUCUCGAAGAAUUCAACAAACCCCGUUGUAUUCACCUCAGACGCCCUUCAAGGGUGACUUCCAUCGACUUGCCCGACGACUCUGCGGUAAGGCGGUUGGCCUUGUGCUCGGUGGUGGCGGUGCUCGAGGAAUUGCCCAUGUCGGCGUGAUCAAGGCUCUCGAGGAGGCGGGUAUUCCCGUUGACAUUGUCGGUGGAACCUCCAUUGGCUCAUUCAUCGGAGCGCUGUAUGCGAGAGAUGCAGACGUGGUGCCCAUGUAUGGUCGUGCCAAAAAAUUCUCUGGUCGUAUGGGCAGCAUGUGGCGAUUCGCGCUGGAUUUGACGUACCCCACCGUCUCAUACACAACUGGCCACGAGUUCAAUCGGGGAAUCUUCAAAACAUUUGGUGAUAGCCAAAUCGAGGACUUUUGGCUUGAGUUCUACUGCAACACAACCAACAUCAGUCGUUCUCGGGCCGAGUAUCACUCAUCCGGCUAUGUCUGGCGCUACGUUCGUGCCUCCAUGUCUCUCGCUGGUCUGAUCCCUCCCAUCUGCGAUGAAGGCAGUAUGCUGCUCGACGGUGGGUACAUUGACAAUCUUACGGUCGCGCACAUGAAGGGCCUCGGGGCAGAUGUGAUCUUUGCCGUGGAUGUGGGUUCCAUCGACGACAACACCCCACAGGGCUAUGGGGACUCGCUGUCUGGCUUUUGGUCCAUGCUGAACCGCUGGAAUCCUUUCUCCUCGAUUCCUAACCCACCGACUUUGUCUGAAAUUCAAGCUCGUCUGGCGUAUGUUUCUUCCAUCGACAACCUGGAACGAGCAAAAGCCACUUCUGGCUGUCUGUACAUGCGGCCGCCUAUUGACCCGUACGGGACGCUUGAGUUCGGCAAGUUUGAUGAAAUUUAUCAAGUUGGAUACAAAUACGGCAAGGAGUUCCUCGAUCGUCUCAAGAAUGAAGGCUCUCUUCCCAUUCCCGAAGAAACAGAGGAAAAGCGAAAGCUGCAACGUACCAUGGCCCCUCGGCGUGCCAGUAUUUAA